AUGCCACCGAAACGUAGUUCUACAGAAGCUGGACUUGAGACCAUCAGCCGGACGAGACAUCUCACCAAACGCCCACGUCGAAUGCCGAAUCAUGAGCGCAGCAGCGAUAGUGAAAGCUCAGGUCCUUCAUCCGCUUCAGAUCUAGAAAGCAGUCCUGUGGCAUCUGCGAACACAGCUGCCACGAGCACCAGCUCUAUAGCCAGCUCGACAUCCAGCGAUUCGGAGAGCAGCGACGAGAGCUCGGACGGCAGCGAUAGCGAGGACGAAGUACAGGACGAUCCCGAUGCAGAAAUCAUCACUAUUCGACCAACCACAUCCAAGCCUUCUAUCGACCCUGCCAGGGUAAAAAGCUAUGCGAAAGAACUACAAGCAAGACUGGAUGAUUUUAUGCCCAGGCUCCGACAAGCUAAUAACGACCUGGCGGCCAAGGGCAGCAGUCUGAGUAUGGAGGACGUUACGGAAGGAGAGCAGCAUAUUGAGAUGAAUCUCGGUCUCGGCGUUCUCGAGCAGACGGGCGAUGAGAGCAACAAGUCCGGUGAUGUUGCAGUGAGAGCAGAGGCAAAGUCGCCCAGUAGCAGUGACGAUGCUGAUGAGGCGUCGGACGACGAGGCAAAUAUUAUGUCGCGAUUGAUGAGCGCUCCGGCGACGAAUGGCAAGAUAUCGAUACAGGAAGUGCCCACAGUCGACGAGCAUUAG